AUGCGUUUUUUAACUCCUGAAAUAGCCUGGCAUGAAACGCUACCAAUAUAUUCAUGUGAUCUACAAAAUCGUCUCAAAUUAAUAAGUGAUAACAAUAAUAAAUGUAGCAAUCAAACAUCUAGUCGUAGUCCUUUAAGUGAAUUAAAUUUCAAAAAUGUUAAAGAUCUCGAUCCUGAUUUGAAUUGGACAAGAUUGGCAACAGCUGGUGGUGAUAAUGUUGUUCGUUUAUGGCGUGUUCAGUUGAAUUGGUUACCUGGAGUUUUGAAAACAACAACAAAGCAAACUGAAUCUCAAUGUACUACUAAUCUAACGGUAGCUAAAAAAGAUCCUGGUGUUAAUACUCCUGGUACGACACAAAAAACUGAUUCCAAACAAUUCGAACAUUUAACUUAUUUGGCUUCAUUAAAACGUCAUGAAAAACCUGUCAAUGUUGUUCGUUGGUCACCUUCAGGUGACUAUCUGGCAUCAGCUGGAGAUGAUUUAUUCAUUAUAAUAUGGUCAAAUCAAACAAAUACCAAUAAUGGCAUGAUCACUUCGAUAGAUAAUUCAUCCAAUUUAAAAGAUGAAGAUGAUGAUGAUGAUAAUGCUAUAAAUUCGGAAAUAUGGAUUCCUUGUCGAAGUCUAAGACGUCAUUUAGAAGAUAUCUACGAUGUUUGUUGGUCUCCAGAUGAACGUGCACUUAUAUCCGGGUCUGUUGAUCAUUCAAUCAUAGUUUGGCACCUUGACUUAAUUCCAUCACCGUCAUCUACUCUCCCAGCUGAAGAUUUCAGCAGUAUUGGAGAAGUGGGUCCAGAGAACAGUCAUUCUAAUCGAUCUGAGAAUGCACCUGCCCCAAGUACAAAUACCAGUCAAGCUACAAUCAAAACCUUAAUUCUACGUGAUCACAAACAUUAUGUACAAGGUGUUGCUUGGGACCCAUUAGGAUUUUAUGUCGCCAGUUUAAGCAGUGAUCGAGCUUGUCGGAUAUAUCAUGCUGGAACUAAAAAUUGUUUAGCACAUGUGUCUAAAGCUGGAAAACAACGUUUAUUUCAAGAUGAUUCUUGGAAGUCGUUUUUUCGACGUCUUACUUUUAGUCCGGAUGGUUUACUUCUUGUUUGCCCAUCAGGUAAUCUUGAAGAGGCUACAUUUGCUGGACUAACCAGUUCAACUAUGAAUUCUUCAGCCAAUGGAUUUGAACAGCCAGACAAAAUAGUAGAUACUACCAUUCCACUGGUUGCUCCUCAACAUGCAGCGCAUAUUUUUGUACGUUCAAAUUUCACUCGUCCUGUGGUCAGUUUACCAACAGGUUCUAAGCCAGUUGUUGCAGUUCGCUUUUGUCCUCAACCGUUCCAAUUAAGACAGGUUAACUUAAACUAUCAGAAUGCCACAAAUCAAUGUUCUAGCUUGUUUAAUCUUGCAUAUCGAUGGCUGUUUUGCUUAGUAUUAGAAGAUAGUGUUCUCUUUUAUGAUACUCAACAAACUGUACCAUUUGCUCAGGUUUCUCAGCUUCAUUAUCAAGCUUUAAAUGAUGCAUCAUGGUCUAAAGACGGGCAUUUAGUUGUAAUCUGUUCUACUGAUGGUUAUUGCUCUCUGAUUCACUUCGCACAUGGUGAACUUGGCGCAUUUUAUCGUGGUACGUUUGGUGCGCCUAAUCCACAGGCGAUCUCAAUCGACAAUGCUGUUAGUGAAACAGAUAAGUGCCAGAUUAACGAAGUUGAAAUGCUAUCAUCCGUAGUAGGGGAUGCAGUUAACGACGCUAUCAAGGAAGCAAACACUCCUCCAAAAUCUAAUGUUUCAUCUGCCACAGUUCCUGACUCAAACAAAUUAACCACUGAAGCAAAGUCAUCAGAAUCAAGCAUUAAUAGUAAUCCCAUUGUUGUCGAUGGUGCCACAACUGUAUCUAAACAAAAAAGACGUGUACAGUUAACAACAUUGGUUUCCUUCAGUGAUGGGAAUAUAACUAAUAACAGUAAAACAGAUAACACUCAGAUUUCAAAAAAUUUACCGAAUGACUCAGAUUUCCGCCCAACAUAUCCCAAAUCUUAUAAAUUUGAGGAAAGAGAUGUUAUAGAAAUCGAGGAUUCGCCGACUUCCUAA